AUGGAUACAGCCGCUGGGAUUACAGAAAGCCAACGCUCCUCGUCACCUGAGGAUGGCACCUACAGACCACCAAAAGGACUAGAGGAUGGUUACGACUCUGCCGCCACGGCUGGGGGGAAUGGAUCCAGGGAUGGUGACUACCAAGCUGAUCCUGAUUCUUCUGAGUGGGAUCUCGACACGGACGACGUCCGCUCAAUCUCGUCAACGGAGCUGCGCGAGGCCCGACCAAACCGCUGGAAGGGCCCAGCACCGACGUGGCGGGCCUUGACGGAACAGGACCGCCUAACCUACGAGGCGUUUGUAUCUUUGCGAAACCAGGACCUCUCUGCUCAUCUGUACACUGCGUUUGCACUCAAGCGUCGAGGACAGAUGCAAGGUAGUGGCGACGCCGAGACGGAAAACGACGCAGAAGAUGAAGAGGAUGGCGAUUUCGAUGCCGUCACGGGCACCCGUGUGCGCGGGUCUGACUGGGUACCGCCAAAGUCUUGGACUGCCUGGCCUCUGCGCUCGCACCUCGUUCCCCGCGAUUACGAGCUGAUGUCAGGCUCAGCAUCAGGAGAUCCUCUGGAUUCCUACACGCUGCGACGGACUGUAGUACUGGAGGAAGGCUCCUCACGGCCUGCUGCAGCUCUAGAGGAUUUGCUCUGUGCUACAAUGAUUCGGACCGCAACAGAUCGGUUCCGUCGGCGACAGGCCCUAGGCCAUGUUGACAGCGAGAACAACCCCAUCUGUCAACAUGACCACCAGGAGCGGCCGGGUUCGCCCGGCGGUCAGUCAGAGGGCGGUGAAUGGCCUAACAGCAGCCCACCCUCGGCGCAGCUGCACUUAUCUUCGCCACCACUAGCCAGCCCUACCCAUGCAAUCGAAGACAGGACUUACAUCCCGUCGGCUGCGACUGACGAUGACAAAUCCCAUGCUCUUCUUCGACCUGCCGCUCGCCGGAUCCUAGACUCUCUGGAUGCGACGCUGCUCCGUCUUCACGACGCACGCGUCUGCGCAACUAUGGAUCUGUCCGAGACUUCGGGGACUUCCUCUUCGGAGCAAGAAGAGAAGACUGAACCGUCAGAACACGAAUCGGCUACUUCGGGUAGCAGGAAGCGUAAGCGUGGACGGCCGCGCAGUAAAAACCCCAUUGUACGCCCUAAGUUUAUGGAACCGGAGAAACCCGGGCGAGGGAACAAGAGGAGGGUUGGUCGGCCCAGGAGAGUAUACGUGCCACUGGAUGGAGAGACGGAGAACGAAAUGUUGAUCCGUGUUGCAAAGGAGAGACAUGAAAGGAUCCCUGUGUUUAGCGACAGCAAGGAAAAUUCGUGUAGGGAGACGUCAACAGAUGGAGGAUCUACCGACAAGAAACCCGCAAAAUCCAAGUCCAGUCGUUCAAAAGGGAGCGUCAUCCUGAAGCUCGAGGGCGAGACUGAGCGGCAAUAUCAAGUCCGAGUAGCCAGGACGAAACAUUUGAAGCUACCCGAGUUUCUUUCUGAUGAUGAAGACGCCCCGCAGGAUGCGACGCAAUCCCCCAGACAAGACGUUCUGAAGACCGAACUCAGCUCGGAGAUGGAGGUGGACGAAAAGCUGACCACCGACGAGGCUGCGGAAAGGAAAAUUCGCCAGAAGAAAAAGACGAUGAGUCGAUGGCCACUGCGCAACUGGAGUGACGUCGUCGGCGCUGCCUCGCUCGCGGGCUUCUCGCCGGCGGUCGUCGCGCGUGUGACGCAGCGGUGCGCCAACCUCUUUGGCCAGAGCAUGGAGAUGCACACAAUAACCGAGGCGCCGGUAGCCGGGAGGCGGAAGCGGAAACGCACAGGCAUGGUUACGAAGGAGUACCGACCCGGAGGCUCAUUAUCGGAGACGUCACUCACGUCCGGAGGCGAAGAUGGCAGCGACACUCAUAGCAAGACCAGCGACGGCAGCGCCAGCCUCAUUAAGAUGCAACGCCUGCGGAGCUUGAGCCGCGAGCCUGCCCUGCGCGGCGACGUCAUCGUGGGAUCCUCGUCUGACGAUGGGUCUGACCGCAAGGCCAUCGCCAGGGGUAGAGGCCGGCGGGCGAGCAGCGCAGCCGCGGCGGAUGCGGGGUUCUUUUGCCCACACGCGGCCUGCAGUAGGUUCAUCAAGGCUUUUACACGUCGUGACAACCUGGCUCGUCACAUGAAUCUCGUGCAUGGAGAAGCGAAUCCCGGCUAUGGUCAAAGUCGGAGCCGGAGUCAGAGCCGCGGGCCUGCUCAGAACGAUCAGGACGGCGGUGAAGAUGACGAGUUCGAAGGCGGGGAGGACAGUGCGGACGAGAUGGACGGUGCUGUUCACGUUGAUGGAUUCCUCAAGCCCAUCAAGAUUAGGCAGGGGUGGCGGGCGGAGGACUUCACGAAGAGGAGAGAUAAGGGUGAACCAGGUGGUACUCGUCGGCAGGGACGGAGCAGACGAGGGAGACGAGACUCUGAUGGCUACGAAUCUUGA